ACGAAGCCUUGCGAAGGCUACUCGACAUACGAGCUUCGCAUUAACGAUGUGAUCUUGGAGGCUGCUAUUGCCGUUACCAACGCGAUUGCAAAACUGAUCAAGGCUGCGACGGCAUCGCAACAGGAAAUUGUGCGUGAGGGCCGCGGCAGCUCGUUGAAAACGGCUUUUUACAAGAAGAAUAACAGGUGGACGGAGGGUCUGAUCUCGGCCGCCAAGGCUGGUGCUACCUCGACCAAUACCCUGAUUGAGACUGCGGAUGGUGUAAUCUCUGGCCGCAACUCUCCUGAGCAGUUAAUUGUGGCCAGUAACGAUGUGGCCGCCAGCACUGCUCAGCUGGUUGCUGCUAGCCGAGUUAAGGCCACUUUCAUGAGCAAAAUGCAGGAUUGUCUCGAGGCCGCUAGCAAGGCGGCCGGUGCCGCUUGCCGCGCUUCGCUCAGCUCGCAUGAGUUCAAGGUGCGAGAAAUAGAGCAACAGGUCGAAAUCCUUCAACUCAAGAACAGUCUGGCCUGGGCAUGUCAACGCCUUGGAAAGAUGCGCAAGAUUUCUUACCAGGAGGAUUAA